AUGCAUAUGCGAUUGACAGUCAAGCCUCGGACGAGCUUUGCUGGGUUGAGUCCACUGUCGCAGGCGAUUGACAGUCGAGCUUCGGAUGAGCUUUGCUGGCGAUUGACAAUUGAGCCUCGGAUGAGCUUUGCUAGUCGAGCUGCUGAGUGUGAGUCAACUGUUGCUGGCUGUUGGAAUCCCCUUGCUGGCUGUCGAAAGGCUUCUCUAAGUCCUCUCUUCUCUCCCUUGCUGUCUGUCAAGCACCCUGCAGGGCCUGUUCUUCAGCUUCUGUCUUCUACUCAAGAGAUGUGGGGCUUCUUUCUUCUCAGAGGAGGUGCUUGUUUAAUUAAAAUGAGCUCUAGCAAGGGUAGUGCUGAUCCAGCUUGGAAAUAUUGUAAAAAGGUUGAUCCCAAGCAGGCCAACAAGGUUAUGUGCAACUUUUGUGGGAAGAUUACAGCUGGUGGGAUCACUAGAGCCAAGUAUCAUUUCAUUGGAGGCAAUAGACAUGUCAGUAUAUGUCAAUCGUGUCCCGAAACUGUCAAACAAGAAAUUAGGCAAAAUAUGAUACAAAAGGAAGAAGUUAAAUCCCAUCAAGUGUUAGUGCCUCCUACUCAACAUAAUUAUGAGGAUUAUGAUUUAAUGGAAGAUGAGACAGAAGACGAUGUAUCCCCAAAGGCCACUCACUCAACUCUCACUCUCACCAAGCCCUUAGGUUGGUCACCCCAAGAGCCAUUUCCUCACAAAGCCCUCAAACUCACAAUAUUGCUCAAGAGAAAGAAGAGAGACAAUUCUAGAGAGAGAAAGGAAGAGAGAGCUUUAUUGCUUAAGGCUUGGUUUGCAUGCUACAAAUGGGAGGGGGAGGCCCCUAUUUAUAGAGGAAACCAAUGGCAAUCUUGUAAAUAUGCAAAACUUCCAGAAGUCUCGGGCGCGUCUGGAAGGGUCGCGCCGCGCCACGCGCCGGCAUGCGCUGCACCUCGUGGCGCAACGCUCAUCGUGAGCACCACGCACCUGGGCGCGACGUGCUCCUGGCACGCUCCUGCGUGUGUCGCCCGCGUUCCUGGCGUGUGUUGCCGUGUGUCCAGCGUGUGUCCGUCUGAGCUGUCAUCCGAGCUGGCAGCUGAUCUGUCAUGCCACAUCUGCACCAUCUGCCACGUCAGCGACCAGUCUGCCACGUCAGCCGUGUCUCUGGAAGCUUCCCCACCUUGGCCACUGUCUGGAGCGCGACACGCCCCAGGUGCUCCAGUGCUCCGCUGCUCUGCGCCUUGA